UAAACACCUACACAGAUACUACACAAGUCCUCAUAGUGAAUAUAUAUAGGGGCUCAGCCAUUGAAGCUGCACUCGGUAGUAUCCAGGUGGUCGUCAAGAUCAGAGAAUCGAUAUUUUUAUCAAACAGCCAGACAAGGUACCAUGUUUAUGUCGAAGAUCUCUGCCUUCCUUGUCGCUUACGCCGCGGUCGUGUGCCAGAUGUACAGCUCGAACGCUGCCCCGGCGAGACCUGCUUCGGAAUCUCUGACAGACAGACUUGCGCUCAUGGACUACGAGGCACGAAGAUUGCUGAGCGCCAUAGUCAAAAACGUGGUGCAGAUGACAGCGGAGGACCUGGAGCCGACGAGCGAUGACAGCAGCCAGGGCAGAUUCCUGUCCAAGCGUUGCUCCAAUCUCAGCACCUGCGUGCUGGGAAAACUCUCCCAGGAGCUGCACAAAUUACAAACGUUCCCGCAGACGGACGUGGGCGCCGGUACGCCCGGCAAGAAACGCAGCCUGCUCGAGGGCAAUCAGUUUACGAGCUACGAAGAAACGUUUAACGCCAUCUAACCCUAACACUGUGUGUUCCACGGUCCCGUUGCAUGUGGAUUCUGCCUGCUUGACUGAUCGCACACAAACGGCUGGUUGCAUUGGUCUUUUUUUCUUUCUUUCCUUUUGGCAGAGAAAGGCAUGUUAAAAAUCUAGAUUAAAUUUCUUCCGUACAUAGUCCAAUUCAGGAAUAGGUUGUUUGUUUUGUACACAUGCCUCUUGAAUAACUGAAUACAUGUAUUAUAAAGGUAAAGCUAAUAAUCAAAUAAAAAGAAGUAUGAUUUCUUUCAAGUGUUUAAGCUCAAUAAAGUUAUUUUUAUAUCAGGAACUCUUCCUCUGUCAAAUUAUUAGUUACUUUCAUUUGAAUUCAUUUUAUAUCAUUGAGUGCCUCUACAAAUAAACAUCAAAUGCAUCAAGAUUUCUGCAGGUAAGACGUCUGAGAUGACAUCUGUGAAUGUGAUCAAAUAAAUAUGGCUGUUAUAUACAUGUAACUGUGUUUAUAGGCCAUAAAUCUAAGAAUAAUGCAUGAAAGUAAUACUGACUGCUGUGAACAGAAGUAGUGUGGUCUGAAGUCUGCUCUCGCUC